AAUAGAUAGAAAUGGACAUGGACCAAAGAGAAGAGAUUAAAUUAGAUGAUCUCAGGCCUGAUAUUGAAGAAUCGUCAGCUGAUGCAGCAGGGAUGGAGGAAGAUGAGAAUACUUAUCUAAAGCAGAAACAAAUGGUUGAUGCUUUCACUAAGACUAUCUCUUCCAGAACUAUUGCUAGAACUAUUAUUCCAAAGCUCUCAGUGCUUAAAUAAAGCUUUACAAAUGCAGAACAUCUUGUUUCUUUUAGAGAAAAUCCUUGAUGAGUUGUGAAAUAUGUGUUAUUAUAAUUCAGUGGUGUCACUAAUGGCAUGGAUUAUAGGUCUCCUGGUCUUCUUUGCAUAUCCCACAGGCAUGGGACUAAUCUGGUUGCAUGUAUUCCAUAUUCCAAGAGGUGUUUUUGGGCUUUUCCUCUGCUUCAAGAAAUUACCCAAUGUUCAUAGCCUUAUCGAGGAGAUUGGAGAGUUUGAUGAGCGUGAGAAGGAAGAGCAGUGGAAAUUUGAGAAAAUUGCAAAUCAUUUGAAAGACAAUUUUAAAAAUUAUGUGAUAAAGUCUGCAAAAAGUGCACAAAAAUUUUUGUUUAUCUACUUCAUCCUCUCUGCAAUUUGAGCGGUAUUCGAUACAAUUGGAAUGUUUAUUCAGGUGAUUAUGUUCGGAACAAAGGACAAUGUAUAUGAGCCAAUAUUCAUGAUAGCCUUAAUCUCCGUUUUAAUGGCUACUAAUUUGUCAUAUUUCUUGUACAUCGGCUCCUUUGUCUAUCGCAUCCCAGGGAAAUUCAGAAAGGAAGUACUCAAAAUCACAAUGGGUCAAGGUAACCAGCUUGUGGAAAGAGUCACUAAUAGCUUGAAGAAAAACAAGAAUAAUGAAGAAGCCAAGAACGGAUUUAGAAAAUAACUUAAUUCAAUUUCAAAGUCUUUG